AGUCCUCUCAUCCAUUUGCUCGAUCGGUUGGUCGGUUUGGCUGCGCCUGUCAUUCCAGCUAAGUGUCUAUUCUCUUAUCUACUCUCCUUAUUACUUAUGCUCUGUGUCCGUUCGUCCGUCCCUGUACAAUACUUCUCUUUAUUUCUGGUCGAUCUCUGGCUGUGAUUCAAGAUCUGAUCCUUCGCAACUAGUUUGGUUUUGGGGCUGUCGUCGAAUCCCAGUGUCGAAAUCUGAUCUUUUGUUUUUGAUCUUUCUUCUUGUCGGGAAUUGAUUUGGUAAAUCUGGUACCAUCCUCGAUAAACUACCUUUCUUUGCUCACAGACAAAAGGUUUCUUUGGAAGAAAUUAAAGAUUGUUGAUGAACUUAAUGUACUUGUCUCUGAUUCUGUGGAGAAUCAGCUCCAGGCCUUUAUGAAUCUCGCUACUCUGAGCGUCUGCUUCCUCCAUUCCUUCUCCCUCGUGUUCCUCUACUGGUUUUAUGUGAUCUCAUGAACUAAAUCUCAUUGCUUGAUCCAUUCGUUCCCCAAAAAGGGGAUCUUUCCGUCCAAUCCGAUUUUGACUAGCUUAGAAUCAGGGAAUCACCCUGCAAAAGAGUAUGUCUUCCUUUCCAGUCCGCCAAGCUUCGAGUUUGGAAGGAGAUCCGCAGCUGGUGAUAGAUGAGAGGAAGAGAAAGAGAAUGCUCUCGAACAGAGAAUCUGCGAGGAGGUCUAGGAUUAGGAAGCAGCAGCACUUGGAUGAUCUAAUAAACCAGGAGGCACAGCUCAAGAACCAAAAUGGUAAGAUUGCAAUGCAAAUCAAUCUGGAGACACAGAAGCACACGAAAGUGGAGGCCGAGAAUGCCAUCCUAAGGGCUCAGGUGAGCGAAUUGACUGCGAGGCUGCGCUCGGUGAACUCAGUGCUCCAUUUCUUUGAGGGGGUCAGUGGGAUGACCAUAGACACACCAAAGAUGGCGGACCCUCUCCUGAAACCAUGGCAGCUUCCUUCUGCAGCACAGCCAAUAAUGGCAAAUGCUGACAUCUACCAGGCUUGUGUCUCCAUUGAUUAGUCUAUCAGUUCCAUGGUAUGAUGCUUAUGUAUUUAUUUUGUUGAGUUGUAUGUCAAUUAGCAUGUUUUAUGUGUUUGGGUCAGUCUCUGAUAUGAUGUGUGCACUUGCUAUAACAUUACCCCUCAGUAAAUGUUGCAUUAGCUAUUUGAAA